UAUGGCUUGCUGAAUCCAGAUAUAUACGGAGUAUAUAUAUACUUCUUCUUCUUCUUCUUCUUCUUCUUUAGUCUGCAGAACUGUUCUUUUUUCUUUUCUUUCCCCUUUUCCAACCCCCUUUUUAUUAAUAUCUCUCUGCAGGCAGGUGGUUCAUUCUGGUUCAGUUCAUCACUUCACAAAAUAUUUAAAGAACAUAGGAAAAAAAAGUGUACCUUCAUUAUUAUUUCUUCCGGGCCACCUGUACGUCAUUGCAAUGGCACAGAAUGAAAUGGGCACUGUUUGGAAUUGGAAAAGAACUUCUUCUUCUUCUUCUUCUUCUUGGGGUUUUCUUCUUCUUCUCCGUGUUUAUAUUGUAGUGUGGUUUUGUGUUUCAUCAUCGACUGUGUUGUGCCAAAGGAGUGAUCACGAAUUGGAAGCAAACCAAACAACAACUGCAAGAAGGAGAAGCAGCAGACAAAGAUAUGUGAGCAGCUUCAGGCUUGCUAGGAUUCACAACCAUCUUAACACCAUUAACAAAUCCCCUCUUCUUACCAUCCAGAGCCCAGAUGGAGAUAUUAUAGAUUGUGUUCAUAAAAGGAAACAGCCAGCUCUUGAUCAUCCUCUUCUCAAGAACCACAAGAUCCAGAGGGUUGCGCCGGAAAUGCCUAAGAUGAUGGAACAACAACACUUGGAGGAAGCAGCCGGUGGUGGGGAUAGGGUGAGGGUGACCAGCGCCGCCACUGGCAACCACAGCAGCAUGGGUGCCGUGCAGCAGCUGUGGCACCAGAGAGGGCUACGUUGUCCCAAAGGGACGGUGCCGAUACGGCGGAGCACGGUGGACGACGUGUUGAGGGCCAAAUCUCUUUACGAUUUCGGGAAGAAACAGCGGCGGCGAUACGCUCCGCUUGCCCGGCGUGCCGAUGCCCCGGACGUCGUUAGCGGCAACGGUCAUGAGCAUGCAAUCGCGUACACCGGCGCCUCAGAGGAUAUAUAUGGAGCGAAGGCGACGAUAAACGUGUGGGACCCAUCGAUAGAGACGGUCAACGAGUUUAGCCUCUCCCAGAUAUGGGUCCUCUCCGGUUCUUUCGACGGCUCGGACCUCAACAGCAUUGAAGCUGGCUGGCAGGUCAGUCCGGAGCUGUAUGGUGAUAGCAGACCCAGAUUAUUCACCUAUUGGACGAGUGAUGCAUACCAAGCAACAGGAUGUUACAACCUCCUAUGCGCCGGAUUUGUGCAGACAAACAGCCGGAUCGCCAUCGGCGCCUCCAUCUCUCCCAUCUCCGCCGUCGAUUCCAGCCAAUAUGACAUCACCAUCCUCAUCUGGAAAGUCCGUCCUUUCUCAAUUUCCUGCUUUCGCGCGGGUGCCCAGAUAUAUACUCAAUUCGUUCGGUCGGGUUUUGCAGGAUCCGAAGCUGGGGAAUUGGUGGAUGGGGUUCGGGGACAACACCCUGGUCGGGUACUGGCCGGCGGAGCUGUUCACGCACUUGGCGGACCGGGCGACCAUGGUCGAGUGGGGCGGGGAGGUGGUCAACUCUCGGGUCACGGGCGAGCACACGUCCACCCAGAUGGGCUCGGGCCUGUUCGCGGAAGAAGGGUUCCGAAGGGCGAGCUAUUUCCGGAACCUGGAGGUCGUGGAUUCGGAUAACAGCUUGAGUUCGGUUCGGGUCAUAUCCACCCUCGCGGAGAACACCGAUUGCUACGAUAUCAAGAGCUCCUUUAGCGACGAAUGGGGAACCCAUUUCUAUUACGGCGGGCCGGGUAGAGGCCCGAAUUGCAAUUGACCUCUUCUUUUUUCUUUAUUCUUAUGCUCCCUAAUUAUUAUGUGCACGCCCAAAUUUGUUUUUCGAUAGCAAAAAAGAAAAAAAAAACAAUUCCUCUCACAUACAAGGUUUAACUUCUAGCAAAUUCGUCUUUCUCUUGCAUCUCCAAUAGGUCUUGCCCAUGGGAACAUACAUAUAACAAGACAUGCAUUAGGGAGUAAUAUUAAGAAUAAUUAAAUAUGAAGCAAUCAUUUUGGAGCUACUAAAUACUCAUUUUGGAACAAUUGCAUACUCAUUUUUGAAUUACUAGAUACCCAGUUUUCUAAAUUUCAGUUAUACUCGUAAAUAAGUAUUCAGUUACUCAAAAAAUGAGUGUUCAAUUA